GACGUAUGCAGCUCCAGCGAGUGUGCCAAAGCAGGUGGAAGGUUGAGAGUUCUUGUGGCAAGGGAGAGCCACCACAUGUCGGAGGCAAAGCCAGCAUGGCGGCCGCGGAUAGGCCCCGCGGAUACGAUAGGGGAGUCGGAGUGAACCCGUUGCAGUCUGCUUAACAAGCUUCAGUGCGACCAUCUCAUCGUCUCGGGUGGGUUGGGAACCUCGAGUGGCCACAUUCAUUGCCGAGGUUGGAUUCUUUAGGAGAAACUGGGAAGUGGGGGGGAGGAGGGGAGGUGGGAAAGUUGGAUUUCAUGACGCCGGGGCUAAGCUUGGCAGCGGCUCCGUCGUCCAUGCGUCUGGCGGAGAAGCUGGGACUAGGGGUGUCGAACUCUGCGUUGGAGUGUUACAGCGGAGGUUGCACGUCUUCCAUGGCGACGGUGUUUCAUGUGAAUUAUGGAGCAGCUGGUAGGGCUGUGUGGACAGGAGUGGCAGGCAAGGAUAGGGAGGCUUGGGGUGGAAGGCGCUAUGGCCACGGGAAGGGGAAGGGUAGGAGUGUGGUGGAGUGUGUGGGGGUAAGUGGAAGUGGAAGUGGGGCGGGGGAAAGGAGGGAGCAGCAACAGCAACAGUCGGGCGUGGUGAAGUUUUUUAACGUCGAGGACCCGCGUGGAGCCGGAGUGUCGCUGAAGAAAGGCGCGUUCGAUGUGAAUACUGCGUGGGAGCUCCUGCGUCAGGACGUGCUGUAUCUGGAUUGGAAGGCCCGGCGUGACGUGCUUGCAAUUGUCAAUGCCCACGAUAAGGUCGUGGAAGUGCUGAACCCUCUCGUGAGAGAUGUCAAAUCCGUCGAAAGUCUGCGCUCGGAGCUCGCUGGAUUGCAGGAAGAGCUUUCCAAAGCCCAUGCCCAGGUCCACCUGUCGGAGGCCAGAGUUGAACAUACCCUUCGGAAGCUCGGUGAGAUGGAAUCUCUGGUCAAUGAUAAGUUGCUUCAAAAUAUAAACCCGAAACGAGGGAAAACUGUACCUAAAGCUGCCUCGACCAUGGAACCGGUGGUAAUGGGAGAGGCGGAAGCUGACAUCAGUGUGCGAUCCAGAGGUAGCACGUCGAGAGGAAAACCCCUCGACGUCUCUGGUCCUAUGGGUCCUUAUCCUGCACAGCUAAAGAAUCACUGGUACCCAGCUGCCUUUUCCGCCGACAUUGACGACAAAACCAUGGUACCGUUUGACAGUUUUGAAGAAGCAUGGGUUAUCUUUCGUGGUAAAGACGGCCGUCCAGGGUGUGUACGAGAUUCUUGUGCGCACAGAGCAUGUCCACUCUCGCUUGGGAAAGUUGAGGACGGGCGGAUACAAUGCCCUUAUCAUGGAUGGGAAUAUAACACGUCUGGUAAAUGCGAGAAGAUGCCGUCGACAAGACUUGUGAAUGCAGAGCUAGAUUCACUCCCUUGCAUUGAGCAAGAUGGCAUGGUAUGGAUAUGGCCUGGAAACGAAACGCCUUCAACAAAUCUCCCUUGUUUGAAUCCUCCAUCACAUUACACCAUCCAUGCUCAGAUCACGAUGGAGCUACCAGUGGAGCACGGUUUGUUAGUGGAAAAUUUACUGGAUUUGGCCCAUGCACCUUUCACGCACACUACUACGUUUGCCAAGGGUUGGGAAGUGCCCAGCUUUGUGAAAUUCAGGACGCCAAUAGCAGCUCUCUCAGGAACUUGGGACCCCUACCCUAUAGCCAUGGAAUUCAAGCCCCCAUGUAUGGUGCUAUCCACCAUUGGGUUGGAGAAGCCUGGCAAGCUAAACGGUACUGACGUGGAUGCUUGUCCCACACAUCUCCACCAGCUCCACGUCUGCAUGCCAUCCUCCAAGGGCAAGACUCGUCUGUUGUAUCGCAUGGCCUUGGAUUUCGCACCAUACCUCAAGCAUGUGCCUUUCAUCAAGUAUCUAUGGCAGCAUCUUGCCAAUAAGGUACUGGGUGAAGACUUGAGACUCGUGGAAGGCCAGCAGGACCGCAUGGAAAGAGGAGCGAAUGUGUGGAAUCUCCCUGUGGCUUACGACAAGCUUGGAGUGAGAUACCGACGGUGGAGAGUAGAUCUAGAGUCGGGGGACGAGAAAACUCCCUUCAUGUCCGAUUAGGUGUAGAGUUUUGUGGAUGGUUUUGGCUUUCGCAGCCAGAAUUGAAUACGACUGCACGCUGGAAGUUUUGUUUGCAGGUUGAAAGGCUGGCUGCCUUUAUUCUCUCGAAGGUGACGGUUGUCGCAGUCUCUCAAUCAUCAUUCAAGUGCACCCUAGGUUGUCACAUUAUUGCAUGGAUUCCCGAUACACACUGAUUCGGAGACGGGUCCUCUGGCCACUGAGCAAGCAAGUAAGCGGCGACAAGCCAGCAGCAGUGUGCCUGUACAAUUGUACCAUGUUCUAACAAGACAUAGGCCCCUCGUUCUUUUCUUCUUUUCUCACUCUCCUCUCAUUCGGGAUCGUAGCAGCUUUUCUAGCUUUACCAGUUUGGUGACUGAAGCAAACAGUUAGAAUGAUAGUGGCGGCAUCUCUCUGUUUGUUGGCUGCCGCGAGUUUAGUGCGUAGAGAUCCUCCUUGCCUCUACUGUUCUAUUGGCAUCUGUACUUGUUUCCAGGUGGAAUGUCUCGGUUUCCAUGUCAGAUGCUUCUGUGAUUAAUAACUCUGGUGCUCUGCUGUUGUAUAGUAUUUGAUCUAAUCGCGUCAUUUGACUUUUACGAACA